AAGUUCCUGCUGGAAAAAGACCAAAAUAAACAAAACAAUUACAAAGUCUGUGCAGUUCAUCCGUGGCAGAUUUCAUCAGAGGUGUGAGGGGCAGAGAAGAAGCCAUUGCGUCACAUCAAAGAGGACAGACACAAUGGCUUUUUUUUUUUGUAUUAUUUUCUGCAUGGUUUGAUGUGCUAAUGUGAAGCAGAACAAGGUUACAACGAGUUUUAAUAAAGAUAAAGCACAUAAAUGUUGCACAUUUUAAAUUAAUUAAUGUUCUUUGUCAAUAAGGAAGCGGUCAACGUUUUCACAGGGAAGAAAACAAACCUACAGCAGGGUUAGCUGCUGUAGCUACUACUACUACUACAAAAUAACAACAACAACAAAAAUAAAAAAUUAGAAAAAAAAUAACCUGAGAAUUCCUUAAUGCACAUCAUUUCGUUUAUAACGUUUUAUCAUUUGCUAAAAUGAGAUUAAAAUCUUGAAAGUCGAGUAAUAAUGUCUUUACAUCUUAGAAAAAAUACAACUUACACGUAUACAAGAUAUUUAAGAAGAUAUAAUUGAUAAUAAACAAAAUUCUGUUCUUAAAAUAUAGGAAUAUCGAACGAUAAACAAACUAAUAUAAUCACAAAUGGAAAAGUAUAAAGUACGCGUUUAUCAACCCUUUCAGGAGUUAAUGAUUCUUUCACAUUUAAAAUAGUCAUCACUCGCGAUUCAAAAUGGCAAACGUUUAGUCUUAUUUUGAAAAUCAACACCGGAAAUCCCCUACGACAAUCUUGUGGUUUACUGGACAAACACAUUGCCAAGCAAUGGGUGGUAUUUGCCAUAAGGCUACGCGGCGCUGCUAAGUCUUUGGUGCCUUCCAGGGCUUCUUUGACAUUUGCGGCUACAGAACGGACUCGCUCCCUAACGACCGUGCAAUUUGCGCGCCGUGGCUUUCUUAUUUUGACGGGAUGACAGAGACAGCGGAUGGAGGAGGAAGAAGACGGAUGUUGGACUGGCGGGGGCAAAGACGGAGGAAGCGAAAGGAAUCGUUUGGCUUCCAGAUGUGCUACACGGGGGCGGUGCUGGGGUUGGUGGCAGGGCUCCAGGCUGUGGUACAGAGAGCAGGAUCCCAAUCUUCCAUGGCUGUAGAGAAGGCAACGUGGAGGAAUCGCCAGCUUUUACAAGACGUCUACGACAACGUGUCCAAUUUUUAUUCGGAGCCAGAGAAAAACUGCACUGACCCAGCCAUACACGAGUUUCCCAGGGAUUACUUUACCAACAAAGAGCGAGCUGAAGGAGCUGUGGGCCUGCAUGCGCUGUGUGCCGUCUACAUGUUCUACGCCCUGGCCAUUGUGUGCGAUGACUACUUCGUCCCUUCUCUCGAGAAGAUAUGCGAGAAUCUUCAUUUGAGCGAAGAUGUUGCCGGAGCAACUUUCAUGGCAGCAGGUAGCUCUGCUCCCGAGCUGUUCACUUCUGUCAUUGGGGUGUUCAUCACCAAAGGCGAUGUUGGGGUGGGCACCAUUGUGGGCUCAGCAGUCUUCAACAUCCUGUGUAUCAUUGGAGUUUGUGGGAUUUUCUCUGUUCAGACAAUCCAUCUGUCCUGCUGGCCUCUGCUGAGAGACUCCUCGUACUACACUCUAUCUAUCACCGCACUCAUUGUGUUUAUAUAUGAUGAAAAAGUUGUUUGGUGGGAGGCUCUGACACUGAUUCUGAUGUACUUCGUCUACAUCCUGAUAAUGAAGAUGAACUCCUGCAUAGUUAAUUUCAUUGAAAAGAGAAAGGAAAAGUCCUCCAGCAGAAAAGCACGGCCCAGUAACGCUGUCCUGGAUGAUGGCUGCGAUGCCGCAGCUGUGCUACUGAAGAAAGCAAACAACAGGAAGCCCUCGGUCAUAAUGGUGGACGAGCUGUUGUCAACGUACCCACACCAGCUGUCUUUCUCCGAUGUGGGGAUGAGGAUCAUGAUGACCAGUCACUUCUCCCCCAGAACCCGCCUCACCAUGGCAUCACGGAUGCUCAUCACUGAGAGGCAGCGUCUUAUCAGCACAAAGACCUGGGACAAUGGCGACUCUGACGUUCCGGUACGAGGGAGGAACAGUUGGAGCUUAGAAAAUGGACUGUCCAGUGGAACAAGGGGUUUCAGUCACUGCAAUGACCAAGAGGUGGGCAACGAAACAGAGAACGACGACAACGACGGGGAAGAGGAGACUUCUGGAGACGGACCGUUUAUACCUUUCCAGUGUCCAGCUGGUGUAUGCAACAAACUCAAAUGGCUUCUGUCGUGGCCCCUGUGUCUGCUGCUCUACUACACUGUCCCCAACUGCUCCAAGCCUGAGUGGGAGAAAUGGUUUAUGCUGUCCUUCAUCGCAUCCACACUAUGGAUCGCAGCCUUUUCCUACGUUAUGGUCUGGAUGGUCGCAGUUAUAGGCUUCACAUUUGGGAUUCCUGAUGUCAUCAUGGGGAUCACCUUCUUGGCAGCUGGCACCAGUGUUCCUGACUGCAUUGCAAGCCUCCUGGUGGCGAGGCAGGGAAUGGGAGACAUGGCUGUGUCCAACUCCAUAGGCAGCAACGUCUUUGACAUCUUGGUGGGGCUUGGUCUGCCCUGGGCUCUGAAGACACUGGCUAUCAGCUAUGGCUCAGAUGUCAAACUCAACAGCAAAGGUCUGAUCUUCUCAGUGGGCCUUCUCCCACCACCCCUGACCACUCCGCCACCUGUCCUGUCUUUGCAGGUUCUUGGAGUUCACUUAAACAAAUGGGUGUUGGACAAACGCCUGGGUCUCACCUGUCUGCUCUUCUACUCCGUCUUUCUUUGCUUCUCCUGUCUCAUUGAGUACAACAUCUUCUUUUUCGUCAACCUACCGACGUGUCGGGAUGACUGAAAUGACUAAGCACAAACACACACAGACACACACACAGACACACGGUCAGUCAGAAUUGAUGAGUGAAGUGUGAGUCGAAUUCUUCGCAGCAUGGAACUGCUUUGGCUUUGGCUAACUACCAACCAAUGAAGUACUACUCUGUUAGUGACGAGGCUUGUACUUCACUGUCGUUAUGGGGUUGCUGUAUUUAUUAUUUUUCUAUUUGUUUUUCUUUGUCAUUUCUUUAUUAAUUGAUUUUCUUGCAUAUGAUAACGUUUUCAUUUUCUCCGAUACUGAUACUGAUACUACAACUUGGAGUGACAGCCGAUACCGAUACGAUGUCGCGCAAAGUUCUGUUGAGCAUUUAGAGUUAGCAUCAGAUCUCAGAUCAGACUGGCUGUAGUUGUUUGUUUUGUUUUUUUUUUGAUACCCGAUUCUGAAAUUUUGAGUGUUGGAUGGAGCCAUCUUUAUUACAAAAGAUGAUCAGAACUAAUUUAAUAUUUAUUGACUUUUGUGAUGUUUGCUUUGCACAGUCUUAAUAACAACUUUAGUUUGGAGUUGGUUGAUAUAGAUAAUGAAGAAAUUGUUGUUUUUUUCCCCCAAAACAAAAAAAAAAGAAGAAAGAUUUUGGCAACAGAUGUUGCCCCCUAAUGGAGAGUUUUAUCACUCGCACACUCAAGUCUUUUUCUAGAAUUAGUUUGUUACAGUGUCUUGCAAAUACAGAGUAGACAGAUUAGAGCACAAAGUGUGUGUGGUGACUUUAGGAAUAAUAACUAUUUGAAAAAAAAAAAUGUAAUCAGUAUUUUUUUUUAUUAAUUACUAGACAUCGCAGGCGACCCCAUGUGGGGCUGCGAUCCCGAGGUUGAAAAACACUGGGUUUGAGGGUAGUUGGUAUACUGGACGGCAGCGGUCCCUAACCUUUUUUUGUACCAAGGACUGGUCAGCCGGUAUCAGCUGUUACUGCGGACCGGUAAUACCGUAGUAAGAUCAUUAAAUUUUCAAAAUAAAACA